UUUCUGAACCACUUCAACGUCACAAAGGCUCCGUCGGUUUAGGAACGAAAGAUUGCGUUAAUCGAAGUCAUGUAAAUAUGGACCCACACAAGGUAAAGUUAAAACACCGACAGUACAGUUAUGUGUACAUUCCACUCGCAGGUCCAUUCAUCCCAAGGCUUAUUGCUCAGGCUCAAAUAAGACUUUCCCAACCCGCCAUGUCUACUCAGGCGUCACCCAGAUUUUUGACAAACCAAAGGCGAGAUAUGUUUUUCAAAGUGUGGGCAAUCGGCUGUUUUCGCGCGUGACCAAAUCGCGGGUAUACAAUUGUGCAGAACCAAGUUCAGUCGUGACCUCUGAUGUUAUUUUAUUUGCAUUCACCUCACAAACAUAUGUUCUCACUACCAGCCUUGUCACCCGGGCGGGCCGGUACUACUACCCUCCCUUCACCUCGAGAUCCAUAUAAAGGACUGGCUUUCAUCGCCACGUACACGAGCUUCAAGUGCUCGGUUCUAGUACACUCGCACGGAUUCGGACACUACAAAAAACGAACCUCGAAAUGCGCAUCAUCUCAUCCCUGGCGGGGCUGAUAGCUGCUGUCCCCCUGCUCUCCCUCGCUUCCUCUUCCCCCGACUUUACAGGCGUGGCUCAUGCGCGCAGGCAGAGACAAGAUCCUUGCACUCUUUUCGCAUCAGGAGGCGACGACGGGCCCAUUUUCGUGGACACACUCCAGCGAUGCGAUACCGUGUUGAUCCCUCCCGAAACCACGCUCUCGAUCGCCACGAGGAUGAACACCACAGGGCUGAGCUACAAAAAUAUCGACUUGCAAGGCACAAUCAAGUUUACGCCGAAUAUGACUUAUUGGAUCGAUAAUGGAUUUUACUUCGCGUUCCAGGAUCAAAUAGCCUUUUGGAUACUCGGUGGUAACGAUAUCAAACUAUUUGGAGGCGGCACUAUCGACGGGUCAGGCCAGGUCUGGUAUGAUGCUUUCGCUUCGAAUGACACUCUACUGCGUCCCAUUCUUCUGACCAUCUACCAGGCAACAAACGUUGCCAUCGAGGGUAUCAACAUGAUCAACGGCCCAGAAUGGAUCAACUUUGUCAACGAAGGCCAGGGGAUAUUGUACGACGGUGUCAACAUCAGCGCCGUCUCGACUUCUGAAAAUCCGGCAAAGAACACGGAUGGAUGGGAUAUAUACCGCAGCGACAAUGUUGUCAUCAUAAACUCUCAAAUCAAUAAUGGGGACGACUGCGUCUCGCUCAAACCAAAUUCGACGAACAUCGUAGCUUCCAACCUGAACUGCAAUGGCUCCCAUGGAAUUUCCGUGGGUUCACUUGGUCAAUAUGCUGGCGAGUAUGAUAUCGUGGAGAACUUCACUUCCACUAACGUCCGCAUGGCAAAUGCUGAAAAUGGCGCUCGAAUCAAAGCGUUUGCCGGGCAAGGAGUAGGAUCAGGUAUAGUUAAGAACGUCACCUACAGCUUCUUCACAGAAAGCAACGUCGAUAAUCCGUUGGUAAUCGAUCAGUGUUACGAAACAACAGCUGAAGCCUGUGCGGCCUACCCCUCCAAUGUCUAUAUCCAAGACAUCUGGUUCGACAACUUCCAAGGUACCUCCUCUGGUAACGAAAAGUCCGUCGUAGCCUCUCUGGCAUGCUCCCCAGAUGGCCGCUGCAGCGACAUCAACGUGAACAACAUCACCCUUACGCCACCGACGCAGUAUGGUAACGCCACAUAUACUUGUCAGAAUGUGAAUGUUACGGGGGACGCUGCGUAUCUGUUUGGUGACUGUGCUACUACUGGUACAUGAGAGAAUGUUGUAGAUUAUUAUUGGUGGCUGUUUCUGUGCAACUUGUCCACUUGUUGGUCCAUUGAUCUGUUGCACCGCAAGGAGUUCAGAAAUGAGUCUGUGUAGAAUUAAUUUCUGCUUUUU